AUGUCGUGGUGGAUGUUGACAAUAAAGGUCGGACACUAUCAGGAUGGAAUUUCGAUUAGACGGCUCCCUCUGUGCGGUGCUUUCGAACCGACCGUCGGCCAGUUUUGGGGUUACUACCACAAGGAGGAGUCUCUGCACUGUGAGAGAGGCUGGAAAAGAGACACAGAGGAGAAGAUUGAGCUCGAGAUCCCCGUCCUCUUGUUCCAAGAGCUCGUUAUGGCUUCUCUCGACCUUUUCGCCCGCUACCGAGGCUCGACCACCGCUUCUGCUGCCGCCGCACCGAUACCUCCGAUAAGCCAAAGAUUCCAUACUCAAUAUGGUCACGACCCUCGACACCUUAUGGCUCUCGUGCCACAGGAAGAUGCGGGAACUGUUGAGGAGCACUUGGAGUACUAUCGGGAUCCAUACCGAAGGGGCUAUGCUCAUGCGGACGGCCAGAAAGUGCAAGUUUCGGAAAACAAAAGAGAUACUGAAUAUCCAACGGCGGAUGAAACCUUCAAGGCCGAUGACGGGACGAAAAAAGUGAUCGCAAAAUUAUGCCAGGCCAUAUCGUACAAGCUCCGUCACCCAUACCGAGCAACCCUCGAUCCUAUAUACGACCUGUACCUUCAGCUUCCCGAACCAAGGAUGUUGUAUCUCACAUGGCCAUGGCGGAACAGGCUAUUGAAGAUUAUGGGCUUACCCCCAAAGCGAAACUCAGAGUCGAUGUUGCGUUACUUUGCGCUGAUCGCUGAUGUCAAAACCGCAGGAUUGACGCUGCGACGGACGCAUUGGAACUAUGCCUUGGCUUUUGCAACAAAGUAUACAGCUCGCGUAACGACGACCGAGAUGGAUACUGCUCUGCGGUUGUGGCAAGAGAUGGAGCGAUCACCCAAUGUCAAAGGAAACGAAGUUACGUUCAACAUUCUUUUCGAUGCUGCCUCAAAAGCCGGAAAUUUUGCUCUUGCGGACAUGAUUUACAACGAGAUGGAAAGCCGAGGUUAUCAGUACAACCGAUACCACCAUGUCAGUCUGAUACACUAUUUCGGACUCAAGAUGGACUCAAAUGGGAUCCGGGCUGCCUACAAAGACAUGGUUGAGGCCAGUGAAAUGAUUGAUACCGUUGUGCUUAAUUGUGUGAUAUCUGGCCUGUUGCGAUGUGGCGAGGAGUCAGCGGCUGAGUUGACAUAUGAGAGGAUGAAGUCCGGUCACGAAAUGGCGCCCAAUAUCCCGGAUAGAGACUACGGGAUGGGUCGGGUCAUUACCAAGGUGUUGAUGAUGUUUACGAGAAUUGGUAAGAAGCAUCCCGAGCUUCAACAGCCGUUACAGAAGCAAAUGCAACUCUCGCCAAACCUUCACACAUACAAACUUUUCGUCGAGCACUACUCGGUCAAAGUUGGAGACUUGGCCAAGGUGGCACAAUUUCUUGAUGAGAUGAAGUUCCUCAGGAUUCCCAUUCACGCGACGAUCUUCUUGUCUUUAUUCAAAGGAUUCUACUCCCAUGGUGGCUUUACUGGCUCUGAGUGGAGUGAGCAGCGACUAGAAGGAGUGUUGAAGGCAAUGUACCAAGCACGAGAUGAAAGCAUAAGAGGGUUUACCAUUGACAGAUGGUUGGUCAUUUGGGCCUUGCGAGCUGCGAAGAAGUGCAGCUCCAAUGAGACUGUUAUCGAAGUGUAUGAUGAGAUGGAGAAGCGCUGGGACAUUCCGCUGGACCGACAGCCGUUCAUCGAGUCCAUACUUCAGACCGUUCUUGACGGCGCAGAUAUGAAGUCGUCGACGGGACAAUGGGAAGGCCCGUCGUAUCGAAGAUAUAAAAAAGAUGGAACGAGAUUAUGA